UUAUCAGCACUAGAAGUCACUGAAAUGACAUCAUUUUAGGCGCUUGAUUAAAAGCGAAUGCUUGAUUUUGAUAGGGAGUAGGUCUCGUUGCUUGUUUCUCUCUUUUCAGAAUUCGUGUGAGUAUAUUUCGAAACAAAGAAAAAGGAGGAAAGAAGGAGAGAAGUGGAGAAAAUCCCCUUCUUAACAUUACAGAAGUAGUGCUAUGUAUCACAAAUGACGUUGAGUGGUUGAUGUGCAUACAGAGGUCCCAUUAUUAUUAGUGUGAGUUCAACCAAUAGUAUGUUGCCAACUUGGGAAAAAAUUUGGCAACAUUUUUGGGGUACCUAACAUUUUCCUUCUAGAAAUCCCCGCUGUGAUGUAUCCUGGUGUGGCGGCUUUUCGAGACUAUAUAGCCUUAAAAACCGCAGAGUAUGUCCUUAUCUUUAUUUUUGUAUAUGUUGAUUAUUAUUCUGACUUCCUUGCUCUUAGAUUCCUAUGAUCUGUGCCGCCUAAAAGUCAGACAGUUGUUUACAACUUACAAGUCACGGAAUGUUCUUUCUAUUACUAGUAAUGACCAACAUCUUGUGUACUUGCUGCAAUAAUGUAGUAUGAACACAACAUAUUAAUCUUAGUACAUUAUUAAGUGUUGAGUACUUAAAUGUAUACAUAACCUGGAUAUGUUAGCUGUUGCACCACUUUGCAUGAAUGUAAUGCUUGAGUUUAGCCCUUUUUUGGGGGAGAUGGGGCAAGUCAUCCGAUGAUCGGAUUAUUCGACUGAUAAAAAAUUGUCAUCACAUGUUUUGCAAGAUCAUACAGAGGCCACCUAGGUAUAAUCUCCAUGAUUUCAGAUCUGGGGACUUCAUUUUGUAUGAUAAAUAGGAGGAAACUUUAGUUUUAGGUCUUUUUGGUUAUACUUCAUUUGUAAUUGUCUAUCAGUGUUUUAGCUUAGUUUAUUGUGGUUGACUAUUUCAAUUAUUGUCUUCUUCUUCAUCUGUCUGCAUGGAAUUGAUUAUAGGAAAAAAAAUGCCGCCUGACGUGCAAAGAUUAACACUGAUAUGCAUGAACAAAGGAGAAUAAUAAGAUAAUUAUAUUCAAUACGUUGCUGUUGAUAAACGUCGAGUAUGAUGUGUAUAAAUAAGUGAUACAUGCUCAAGGAGUUGAAGCCAAACUGAUCACUGCAGUACUUGCUUGAAGCUUUAUAUUCCCCAGCCUGAUUUAGACGGAAGCAAUGAAGUUGUUAUGGAAGAUGGCCGCGGUGCUGGUGCUGGCAUUAUGGAUGAUAGAAUUUGUUAUGUCACAACCACAAGCUAAUUUGAUAAACCAGGGUUGCAGUCAAGUAAAUGCCACUUCUGAAUUCUUCAGCAAUCUGAAUGCAACCUUGGCUGAUCUUAGACGACAGUUGUCCAUAAACAGAACACACUUUGCAACUGCACAGCUGGCUAGGAGCAGCAAUCCUGUCUACGCCAUUGUUCAGUGCAGAAACUAUCUUUCCACUGCGGAUUGUGUCUCUUGCUUUGAUAUUGCAGCAGUUGAUAUUCGAAAGUAUUGUAGAUUGGUCAAUGGUGCUCGUGUCAUAUAUGAUGGCUGCUUCCUCAGGUAUGAGACCAACAGGUUUUACGGCACAGCAAAUGCUUUAGGGAACGCGGGAAGAUGUGACAAUGGCACAAUAAGAAAUGGAACUGCGUCAGCUACAUCAUAUACUGCAGUUGUGGAAGCUUUAUUGAGCGAUCUUGUAAUUGCUACGCCAAAGACAAAAAAUUUCUAUGCAGCUACCGCGACUAAAGUUGCCCCAGGGGGUAAUACGACGGUUUAUGCCAUGGCACAAUGUGCUGAAACUGUUACUGAAAUUGAGUGUCAGAAUUGCAUGAAUGUAGCUUUAGAAAAUAUCAAGAGUUGUCCUCCUCGUACUGGGGCGAGAGCUUUUGAUGCUGGUUGUUUCAUGAGAUAUACAAAUACUCCUUUUUUUGCUAGCAACCAGACAAUUAAUAUUUCAAGAUACCUCCGAUCAGGAGGCUCGAGGAACAAAAAAGCAAUAAUUGGGGGUGUUCUUGGUGGUUUUGGCUUUCUUUUGCUAGUACUAGCUUUACUUCUGCGAUUUAGAUUAUCAAGAAAGAAAAGAAUUUCUCCAAGAGGUAAACUAGGGUCAACCGAAUUGCAGGGGCCAGUAACUUACAAUUACAAAGACUUAAAAUCAGCAACAAAAAACUUUAGCCCAGAAUAUAAACUGGGAGAAGGAGGCUCUGGAGAUGUAUACAAGGGCAUCGUAAAGAAUGGUAAUAUAGUAGCAGUCAAGAGGCUAGCUCUCUGCACCAGCAAAGCAAAGGCAGAUUUUGAGAGUGAAGUGAGGCUUAUUAGUAAUGUCCACCACAGGAAUCUCGUCCGUCUUUUAGGUUGUAGUAGCAAAGGACCAGACCUACUCCUUGUUUAUGAGUACAUGGAAAAUGGAAGUCUUGACAGCUUCUUAUAUGGUGGAAAACGAGGGUCUCUUAACUGGCAACAAAGGUUUAAUAUUAUCUAUGGGACAGCUAGGGGUCUUGCUUAUCUACAUGAGCAGUUCCAUGUUCGUAUUAUACACCGUGAUAUAAAGCCUGGUAACAUUCUACUUGAUGAUGAACUUCAGCCUAAGAUUGCAGAUUUUGGUUUGGCAAGGCUUUUACCUGAGGAUCAAACUCAUCUCAACACAAAAUUUGCCGGCACCCUAGGUUACACAGCACCUGAGUAUGCACUCCAGGGGCAGUUGUCUGAGAAAGCUGAUACCUACAGUUUUGGCGUUGUGCUGCUUGAAAUUAUAAGUGGCCGGCGGUGUGGUGACACAAAUAUAGAAAGAGAUACUGAUUUCCUCCUUGAAUACGCAUGGAAGCUGCACGACAAUAACAUGCAUCUAAAGCUGGUUGAUGAGUCAUUAGAUUCGGACGAAUACCAAGCAGAAGACGUUAAGAAGGUUAUUGAGAUUGCGCUAAUGUGCACCCAGUCACCAGCUUCAUUAAGGCCUACAAUGCCUGAAGUUGUCGUUUUGCUUAUAAGUGAUCGAUCACUUGAAAGAGGACCUCUGAGCAGGCCCACAUUUGUCAACUCAGAAGACAGAAUUCGUGAUGUCCCAGAUGUUCCUCCACCAUCAAUGUCCAAUGCUACUGCUACUUUGUCAGAGCUUACUGGGCGUUAAAUGCUUGUUAAAUUUGGUUCCGUGGAAGGGUGUGAACUGUUGCUGCAUCAUUUUUAAUUAUCUUGUACUUCAUUAAAUUUAAAAAUAAGCAGCAGGCUUGUUGUGUUGUUGCUCUGCUAGUAGCUUCUCUAUCUGAUUUCCCUUUAACCUGCAUGCCUCUAUACCAGAUGAGUAUGUUACCUUGUACCUUACCAGCAAUGAAAAGUCUGAGAGUUU